AUGGCAGCAGGGCAAAUCAAACUGUCAGAUGACCUACCCAUUCUGCAAAAUACAGUGCUGGGAUGGAUCAUCGCGGGAAAAGUUGGUGGCAACUACAUCUCAAAUGCAAUAUGUGGAAUCUGUACCAACGAUGACAUCAACUUAGAUGCAGCCAUUGCUCGAUUAUGGGAACUUGAGGACGUGGCAACUGUAAGAAAACAACAUUCGGUAGCAGAAAAACAGUGCGAAGCUCAUUUCGCACAACAUACACUCAUCAAUGAAAAUGGGAGAUUCAUGGUAAGGCUACCAUUUCAUGAAAAUCCGGAGGCCUUAGGGGAAUCCUAUGGGAUGGCGUAUAAUCGAUUCCUGGCCUUAGAACGUCGACUGGCAAAAUCGCUCCAGACAAAGAAUCAAUAUGUACAAUUUAUGGAGGAAUAUGAGAACUUGGGGCACAUGACGCAAGUGGAUAUUGAUUCCAUCAGUAAACCUAGGUACUUCAUUCCUCACCAUUGCAUUGUGAGACCCGAAAGCCGCACUACAAAAUUACGUGUGGUGUUCGACGCAUCAGCAAAAUCGUCCACUGGCAUGUUUUUGAACGACCUCAUGUAUACCGGACCCACUGUUCAGAGCGAGCUUUUCACCAUUUUACUUCGCUUCCGUUUGCCCAGGUUCGUCUUCACCACAGAUGUAGAAAAAAUGUAUCGACAGAUGCUCAUUCAACGAACGCAAAUUCCAACUUAUCAUCCAAUAAAGCAUUAUCAGCUAAAUACAAUCACAUAUGGGACAAGAUCUGCUCCAUAUUUAGCCACCAAAUGUUUGCAGAAAAUUGCAAAAGAAAAUGCAUUACAAUAUCCUCUUGGUGCUCAGUUUCUACAGGACAAUUUUUAUGUAGAUGACGGAAUUGGUGUGUCAGACAGCUUAACCACGACGAUGGAAAUCCAACAGGAACUGAUACACAUCUUAAAACAACGUGGUCUUAACCUAAGAAAAUGGUGCGCCAAUCACUCACAAUUACUGCAAAAUGUUAGCAUGGAGGAACAAGCAGUUGACAUAGACUUUGACAAUGACAUCAAUCAAACUAUUAAAACGUUGGGGUUAACAUGGAUGCCUAAGAUGGAUAGAUUCUGUGUAAAGGUAUGCCUAGGAAGCUGCCGUCUUGGAACUAAACGCUCAGGGCCGAUCUUGCAAGGCUCUUCGAUCCGUUGGGGAUACUAG